UCAUUUGGCUUACUAGUCUUUUGUGUCUUCUCAGGUGUUUUAGAGAUAUACAUACACAUAAAGAUAAAGAUGAGUUGGAGUGGAGGAGACUGGCUAUGCGGGGCGUGCCAACACCCAAACUUCAAAAAACGAGAGUCAUGCCAAAAAUGUGGAUACCCCAAGUUUGGUGGGGUAGAUGUGUCGACAUACUUGUACAAUAGGACUGAGGUUUUGGCUGGUGAUUGGUAUUGUGGUGCAUUGAAUUGUGGAAGCCACAAUUACGCGAGCCGCACAAGUUGUUACCGAUGUGGAAUGAUCAAAGUCGAGUAUACGGAACAGUACUAUGGAGCUCAAAUGGUUGCUUACGGGAAUGACGCCGCGGCUGGUCCUCCCGGGUGGAAAACUGGCGAUUGGGUUUGUCCCCGGGUCGGCUGUGGGGUUCACAACUACGCAAGUAGGGCAGAAUGCUUCAAAUGCAAGACAACAAGAGAUUACGGUGGCGUCUAGAUUGGAAGAGAAAAGAGCUGAUGAUGAAUUGAAGAAUCACUUGUUUAAAUUGUACCUUACAACAAGUGUUACUAGUUUCUAACAUGCAUGAUGCCUUCUUACGUUGGCUUGAAAUUUUUCCUAAACUCGUGCAAAUCAACAUAAAAUUGCACAUAA